AAGUGGCACGCGAAUGAACGGAACUCCAACUCGAGCUCCUUUCCCUCCAUCCAUGGCGGCGCUCCGGUCACCGCCGGCGAUCCCCCGCUCUCUCCUUCCCCACACCUUGAAGACCCUGAGCUACUCCUUUUCGUUUCUUCGUGGUCGCUCCUUGCUCUCCUCGGCGCACUACCAGUUCCCUUGUCUCCAUCUCCGCCGUGGGUCCAACUCUCCCCGCUGUCUCGCCGGAGACGCCUCCCCUUCCGAUUCCGAGCCCAUUCAAUGGCGUCUUGGUGGUGGUAAGCGCACGGACAUUAAGAAGAUCAUGAUCCUCGGGGCUGGACCGAUUGUGAUCGGCCAAGCUUGCGAGUUCGACUACUCCGGAACUCAAGCUUGCAAGGCUCUUAGGGAUGAGGGCUACGAGGUGGUGCUGGUGAAUUCAAAUCCGGCGACGAUCAUGACCGACCCCGGCCUCGCCGACCGUACUUACAUCGGUCCUAUGACGCCGGAGCUCAUUGAGCCUAUCCUCGACGCUGAGCGCCCCGACGCACUACUGCCCACCAUGGGCGGCCAGACGGCGCUCAACCUCGCUGUCGCACUUGCCGAAUCCGGCGCACUCUCUCGCCUUGGCAUCCACCUCAUCGGCGCCGACCUCGAUGCCAUCAGGAAGGCCGAGGAUCGCGAGCUCUUCAAGAAGGCCAUGUUGAACAUUGGGUUGAAAACUCCGCCAUCCGGUAUCGGCACCACCAUGGAUGAGUGCUUCGAGAUUGCUGAUAAGAUUGGUGAGUUUCCCCUUAUCAUUCGUCCUGCAUUCACUCUUGGCGGCACUGGCGGUGGAAUUGCCUACAACCGUGAAGAAUUCGAGGCCAUUUGCAAAUCCGGGCUUGCUGCGAGCGUAACAUCGCAGGUGCUUGUUGAAAAGUCGCUCCUUGGUUGGAAGGAGUACGAACUUGAAGUCAUGCGCGACCUUGCUGAUAAUGUGGUUAUUAUUUGCUCGAUUGAGAAUAUUGAUCCAAUGGGAGUGCAUACUGGGGAUUCAAUCACUGUGGCACCGGCGCAAACUCUGACAGAUAAAGAGUACCAGAGACUGAGGGAUUACUCCGUAGCCAUCAUCAGGGAGAUUGGGGUGGAGUGUGGAGGUUCUAAUGUGCAGUUUGCUGUGAAUCCUUUGGACGGGGAAGUCAUGGUGAUUGAGAUGAACCCUAGAGUAUCAAGGUCUUCAGCAUUGGCGUCGAAGGCAACUGGAUUUCCAAUUGCAAAGAUGGCAGCGAAGUUGUCCGUCGGAUACACACUGGAUCAGAUUCCAAAUGAUAUCACUAAGAAGACUCCGGCAAGCUUUGAGCCGUCCAUUGAUUAUGUGGUGACAAAGAUUCCUCGAUUUGCUUUUGAGAAAUUCCCUGGUUCUCAGCCAGUAUUGACGACCCAGAUGAAAUCUGUUGGCGAAGCAAUGGCAUUGGGCCGAACUUUCCAAGAAUCUUUUCAGAAAGCUGUUCGUUCUUUGGAGUGUGGCUAUGCGGGGUGGGGUUGUGCAUCUGUUAAGGAGCUUGACUGGGAUUGGGAUCAGUUGAAGUACAGCUUACGGGUGCCAAAUCCUGACCGCAUGCAUGCAGUAUAUGCAGCAAUGAAGAAAGGGAUGAAGGUGGAUGAAAUUCAUGAACUUAGCUAUAUUGACAAAUGGUUUCUUUCUCAGCUAAAAGAGCUGGUAGAUGUAGAACAGUUUCUUUUGUCAAGGAGUCUUGAGCAGCUAACUAAAGAUGACUUCUAUGAGGUUAAAAGGAGGGGCUUCAGUGACAAGCAGAUUGCCCAUGCAACUAAUACUUCUGAGAGAGAGGUGAGAUCAAAGCGUUCAUCACUUGGUGUGGUUCCAGCAUAUAAGAGGGUGGAUACCUGUGCAGCAGAAUUUGAGGCACACACACCCUAUAUGUACUCAUCAUAUGAUUUUGAAUGUGAAUCAGCUCCUACUCAAAGGCCAAAAGUGUUGAUCUUGGGUGGUGGACCUAACCGAAUCGGUCAGGGUAUUGAGUUUGACUACUGCUGCUGUCAUGCUUCUUUUGCCCUUCGGCAGGAUGGCUAUGAGACAAUUAUGAUGAAUUCAAACCCUGAGACUGUGUCUACAGAUUAUGACACCAGUGAUCGUUUAUACUUUGAACCUUUGACAGUGGAGGAUGUUCUGAAUGUGAUUGAGUUGGAGCGUCCAGAUGGUAUUAUUGUACAAUUUGGAGGUCAGACUCCUCUUAAACUUGCUCUCCCAAUACAGCACUACCUGGAAGAACGCAAGUUAGUGUCUGCAACCGGAGGAGGUGUACAAAUAUGGGGAACAUCACCAGAUUCUAUUGAUGCAGCUGAGGACAGAGAGAGAUUUAAUGCCAUUCUCAAUGAGCUCAAGGUUGAACAACCCAAAGGAGGGAUAGCAAAGAGUGAAUCUGAUGCUUUGUUGAUUGCUGCUGAGAUAGGCUAUCCUGUAGUUGUUCGACCUUCUUAUGUCUUGGGUGGUCGAGCAAUGGAGAUUGUCUAUACUGAUGACAAACUCAUCACUUAUCUUGAGAAUGCGGUUGAAGUAGAUCCUGAGCGCCCAGUAUUGAUAGACAAGUACCUGUCUGACGCCAUUGAGAUUGAUGUGGAUGCACUAGCUGACUCAAAUGGGAAUGUGGUCAUCGGUGGGAUUAUGGAACACAUAGAACAAGCCGGGGUUCAUUCUGGUGACUCAGCCUGUUCUCUUCCUACUAAAACUGUGUCAGCCAGGUGCUUGGAAACAAUCAGAACAUGGACAUCAAAGCUUGCAAAGCGACUUAGUGUCUGUGGGCUUAUGAAUUGUCAGUAUGCGAUCACAGCAUCUGGUGAUGUCUACCUUCUUGAGGCAAACCCUCGUGCUUCCCGCACUGUGCCUUUUGUAUCUAAAGCUAUUGGUCACCCUUUAGCUAAAUAUGCUUCACUUGUCAUGUCGGGAAAGAGCUUGCAUGAUAUUGAAUUCACUGCUGAGGUGAUCCCGAAGCAUGUUUCUGUUAAGGAGGCUGUGCUUCCUUUUGAGAAGUUCCAAGGCUGUGAUGUUCUUCUCGGCCCUGAGAUGCGAAGUACUGGGGAGGUAAUGGGGAUAGAUUUUGAUUUCUCUGUUGCUUUUGCUAAGGCUCAGAUUGCUGCAGGACAAAAGCUUCCACAUAGUGGUACAGUGUUCAUCAGCCUAAAUGAUUUGACGAAGCCUCAUCUUGCUUCUAUUGCUCGUGGAUUCCAAGAGCUUGGUUUCAAUAUUGUUGCAACUUCUGGUACUGCUCGAGUACUUGAAUUGGAGGGCAUACCAGUUGAGCGUGUCCUUAAGAUGCAUGAAGGACGUCCUCAUGCUGGAGAUAUGCUUGCAAACGGCCAAAUCCAGGUUAUGGUGAUAACAAGUUCCGGUGAUGCCCUUGAUUCUAUAGAUGGUCGGCAAUUAAGGAGGAUGGCUUUAGCUUAUAAGAUUCCAAUUAUAACAACUGUUGCUGGGGCACUAGCAAGUGUGGAAGCUAUUAAGAGCUUGAAACAUAGCUCUAUCAAGAUGUUAGCAUUGCAAGAUUUCUUUAGUACCACAGAGGAGCAUCAUGGCCUGCAGGCAGCUUCAUCUAUGUUGUAAUCUACCAUAUUUUCUCAAUCAAAAGAGGUCACUGUGUUCUCUGCUAUAGCUGUGUGCUUUACCAGUGGUGGCAAUUGGUCAUCUUCUUUGUGGGAAUGAGAUUUCUUAGGGUUUCAAGAAAUGCUACUGGUUGUCCAUGGACUUCUUAUCUGCUAUCUGUAACGGACCUUCAAGUGUAAAUUUUCCAUGCUCAUUGCGGAAACCCUAAAAAGAAUCGCCGAGAUGAACCGUCUUUGAAACUCAAGAAUGGAUCAAGUUGCUGCCACUGAAGAUUCACCUGAAUGUCUUGUAUGAUUAAUCUUAUGUAAGAUUAAAUGUUAAUGUACUUUUUUCCUAAUAAGGGUGAUUUCCUUGAUUAAUGAUCAAACUUAAUGCGAAGAGAUUUCUUCACAUCUAUUUCUCAAGAA